AUGUUGUUAAUAGCCACAGCCUUACUUGUAACAGCCAACGUAGCGAUGGGAGAACCAGGAACAGCAGCUAACGCGGUCAAGGACGAGUGUACUGAGAGAAAGUACCUGGCCAACUUGCUUACGCAUUUUUCAGGCAAACUAAACAACCUGUUUGGUACAGUUCAAGCCUUGAGCAAACAACAAAAGCAACUCAGACUCGCAGCGGAACAACAUGCAAUGACUAAGGUCGGAAUGGCAUAUACACUGCUAGAGGCAAUUUCAUCGCAGCGACUAGAUAAGGCAAUCAGCAAACAGCAGGCGGCAACAACCACCGUAACUCAGCUCUCAGAGCAGGUGGGGAGCAGGAUAGGGCUAUUACUGCUGUCCCGGGUGAAAGCCGGUGCCGCGACGGUAAAGUACACAACACCGGCCAAAGAGGACACAACAACACCCGCGAAAAACGGCGACUUCAGCACAAGAUGCGGGGUCCAUCCAAUCGUGACACCGCCAGCUAACACAAAGUGCAACACGGAACCGGCCGACAGCGAGCUAAAUAAGGCUGGCGAGCAGAUAGCCAGCGAAACAAAACUUAAGUUUCUUAGUGCAACCACGAUCAAAGCGAUUCCAUUGUUCGCUUCACUCCAGGCAAAGAGCACGCCAAGCACAACAGCGCCGCUAACAGCUAACGACGGAUGCGGCAACAAUGCUGGCGGCGGCACCAACGGCAUAGCCAUCCAAGGUUUAGCGACAGUAGACAAAACAAUCGCGCAUGACACAAUACCAAUCGAAACAGAAAACGCAUGCAAAACACCAAAGCCAAACAGCAACGACGACCCCACAGAGACGGCCAACCUUGUCUACAAGGUCUGCCUGGCGCAAAAAGCUGACCUAGCGAUGCAGCCGGCGCUCAGCAGCGAAACCCUAGACGAACUAGCAGCCGAUACUACCGCACAAGAGGCAGCGCUAAUCCUAACCGGUCAAAGCACAAAAGAGCAAGACGCAAACAAACGCAAAGCAGCAGUAGCGAAUGUACUUGGUAAGGGAAAGGAUACAGUUGCCAAGAAGUUUUUAGAGAAACUGACAGAAACUAACGUGGCUCUAAAGCUACAAGACGACGCUCAACCAGUGAGCAUAGAGACGGCAAGCGGAAACAAUUUCCACAAAGCACUGGCUUUAUUUACGGCUCAAGCACACCAGCGAUCGGUGCCACCAGAAAAACCCACCAAUGCUGAGGGUUCUCCUAAGCAAGCAGACUCAGGAAGCAAAACAGAAAAUAAGAAAGACGGGAGUAAUACUGCUAAACCUGUAUGCUGCACCUUUCAGAACCAGACAGCGUGUAACAACGGACAGAACCGCAAAUGGGAAAAUAAUACUUGCAAGGAUUCCAGUUUCCUUGUCAAAAAUAAAUUCUCCAUGAUGGUUUCUGCCUUUGUAAGUUUAUUAGAAUUCCACCUUUCUAAAGAUUAUUGCUCAAAUUAA